AUGCAGUUCACCAUUUCUCAAUUCGUUGCCCUCAUGGCCGUUGCCGUUCCUAUGGUCUCUGCUGCCCCGGUCACUGCUGAAGUCAUCAAUCCUACCCUUGAACGUAGGGCUAUGACUGGUAGGGGGACAUAUUACAACCAGUUUGGGGGCUUCGGCUCCUGCGGGCAGCAGUUCCCGGACUCUGCGUACAUCGUCGCCCUCAGCACCGCAUUCAGGAACGUUGGCCCGCUUAACUGCGGUAAGAGAAUUUGGGCGAGGGCUCUUGACGGCCCUGGUAGGGGAAACAGAAUUGAGGCCACUGUUCGCGACACCUGUCCUUCUUGUGCGAGAGAAGCAGUUGAUUUUUCUGUUGGGGCCUUCAAUGGCCUCACCAACAACCAGAAGGAUGUCGGUGUGAUCAGAGUGGAAUGGGACUUCAUUAAUUAA